GGACGCGUUCACGCGGAUCCCGACGCUAACGAGUUCUCUGAGGGAAUUUUACGCGCCGAUUUAAUUUGACUAGUUGUAGUUUUUAUUUUUACAUGUCAUCGUUGAAAUAUUUUUAAAAAGCUUUAGAUUUUAUUUGAAAGACAAUUACUUUCCCACCACCAAACUGUGGAGAAAAUCUGACUGACUUUGAACUUCAUAACACGACGACUUUCCCUCAGAAAAAUGCUGAAAUUUCAUAAUUCUGAUCUAUGGAUUGCUUGGCUGGUCUUCUUUUGUGUGAAUGUGUGUGUGUGUGCGCUGGAAGUGACGGUGAGUCAGAGCAGCGUUCAGGUGGCCAGAGGUCAAGCAGCCGUCCUGCCCUGUACGUUCACCACCAGCGCCGCGCUCAAUAAUGUCUACAUCAUAUGGAUGGUCACGCCGCUGGCCAACGCCAACCAGCCAGAGCAGACUGAGAAAGCUGAAGAGAAGGGCAGAAAUCAUGAGCGUGUAUAUGAUGCUGAUCUUUAUUCUCUCUCUGCACCUGCAGUUCCUCCAUCCAUCCCGACCUGUCGUAUUCAGGGUUCACUGGAUGUUGGUAACGACGUGAUGCUGUUGUGUGGUUCGGACGAGGGCAUCCCGACACCCACCUACGCCUGGGAGAAGCAGGAGUCGGUGCUCAAACUGCCCCACAAUGCCAUGCAAGGUACUAAACCCCUGCCCGUGGGAAUCCCGUUUUGCUUCACGUUCUCGGGAUGUGUGACAGCGCAGCCUCAGAGCGUCGGUCUGAUCGCAGGAACCAUCGCCACUGCCAUUCUGGCGCUCCUCAUCUGCUCUUUACUGGUGCUCGUCACGCUCUUCUACUGGAGAAACAAGAACAAAUACGAGGAGGAGGAGAUUCCCAACGAGAUCAGGUGA